ACAACAGAUCACAGCACCUUGAUGGAUCGCCUUUGUUCACUUUCCAAUCCGGCUGUGUUCAUGGACCGCCUUGACUUCAAGACCACGCGCAUCAACCCUUUCGCUGCAAUUGCUGGAAUCUACGCUGCAAACUUCAGCUCUUAUGGACGUAGCAGACGCUGAAGCAUCACAAGCUUCUCCCAAAUGCAGUGGCUUCAUCUCCAGUAAACCGGAGCUUUAUUCGUCAGACCUAAUGGCUGAAAACUCCCCAAUCCGUUUACAUCAACUUCAGGCAUCCAAUUCAUAUGUCAAGCAAGGGUCAAUGAUUAGCAGUAACAGUAUCAAUACGUCUUCAUUUAUCUGAACCCUGCGACGAAUCUCUCUGCUUUUUGGUGUAGCAAGGUUAUUGAUUCCUCCUUCAACUUAAUUCUAUUCUUCUUUCAAAGGAAUAUAGGAAGUUUAUUUACAUAUGCUUGGAGCAUCAUCAUUUUCUUGCAAAAAUGUAAAUAUAAGCAAGACUCUGCUGCUCUACCUUUCUACCGAAUGCAAGUCAAUGCAUGAAUUGAAGCAACUUCAUGCCAUUUUGAUCUCUCUUGGCUUAUCUCAAGAUGAAGCAUUCACCUCCAAACUCCUUUCUUUCUCAGCUCUCUCAAAUUCCGGUAACGUCAGUUAUUCCUACAGGGUUUUCUCCCAUCUCUCUAACCCAACAAUUUUCAGCUGGAACACAAUCAUUAGAGGCUAUUCAAUCAGCAAAAACCCGAACCGUUCAUUUUCAGUUUUUCUGAGAAUGCUGCGACUUGGCGUUUCGCCAGAUUACUUAACAUACCCCUUUCUUGUGAAGGCAUCGGCACGCCUUUUGGAUCAACAAAACGGUGUAUCUGUGCAUUCCCACAUUGUAAAAACAGGGCAUGAGUCCGAUAGAUUUAUCCAGAAUUCUUUGAUUCAUAUGUUUGCUUCUUGUGGGAAUAUCGUGUGUGCUCGCAAGGUGUUCGAUGAAAUGCAGGAGAAGAACUUGGUUUCAUGGAAUUCCAUGUUGGAUGGGUAUGCUAAGUGUGGAGAAAUGGUUGUGGCACAGAAAGUAUUUGAAUCAAUGCCUAAGAAGGAUGUCGUGUCCUGGAGCUCUUUGAUUGACGGUUAUGUUAAAGCAGGGGAAUAUGGGGAAGCCAUGGCUGUCUUUGAAAAUAUGAGGGUUUCAGGGCCAAAGGCUAAUGAAGUGACUAUGGUGAGUGUUUUAUGUGCGUGUUCGCACUUAGGUGCUCUUGAGAAGGGAAGAAUGAUCCACGAGUAUAUAGUUGAGAAUAAAUUACCACUGACACUGGUUUUGCAGACUUCUCUUGUGGACAUGUAUGCCAAAUGCGGGGCAAUACGGGAGGCUUUGCUUUUAUUUCAUGGUGUGUCAAAAUGCCAGACUGAUGUCUUGAUUUGGAAUGCAAUGAUUGGAGGUCUCGCAACACAUGGGUUAGUUGAAGAAUCUCUCAAACUGUUUAAGGAAAUGCAAGUGGUUGGUGUUAGACCUGAUGAGAUCACAUACCUGUGCUUGUUGACUGCUUGUGCUCAUGGGGGUUUAGUAAAAGAAGCAUGGUACUUCUUUGAGAGCCUUAGAAAAUUUGGCAUGACACCCAUAAGUGAGCACUGUGCUUGCAUGGUGGACGUGCUAGCACGUGCAGGUCAUUUAGCCACAGCGUACCAAUUUAUAUGUGAAAUGCCUAUAGAGCCAACGGCUUCCAUGUUAGGUGCUCUACUUAGUGGGUGUAUUAACCAUAGAAAAUUUGAUCUUGCAGAAAGAGUUGGUAAAAAACUUAUUGAGCUAGAACCAUAUCAUGAUGGGAGGUAUGUUGGGUUAUCAAAUGUCUAUGCAGUUGUGAAACGAUGGGAUGAUGCAAGAAGCUUGAGAGAAGCCAUGGAGAGAAGAGGGGUGAAAAAAUCUCCAGGGUUCAGUUUUGUGGAAUUAUUUGGGGUCCUUCAUAGAUUUAUUGCUCAUGAUAAAUCACAUCCCCAUUCAGAACAAACUUACUCAAUGCUAAAUUUUGUUGUGUACCAAAUGAAACUUGGCGUUGAUCAAGAAAGUCAAGAAGGUUGUGUAUUUGAUAUUGACAUCGGAAGAUGAGUAGCUAGCUUACUUUCUUUUUGAGUAGGAGCAAGAAAUUUUUUUCCAUUGAUUAAAUCGAUUAUGCCCUUCUGAACAAUUCAAAUUAAAAAAAGUUACAGUUUUUAUUAUUUAAGUUUGGCUCAAUAAUUUUGUGAUCCAUAUCGUGCACGUAAUUUUUAGCAAAACAGAAUUUGUAUUCUUGAUUUCCCAGAUGUUGCAAGCCCAUCUUGAUUUUAAUGGACUAAGAUUGUAUUAAGGUGUGCCUUG